AUGACCCUCCAUGGUGAAACAGACUUCCUCAUGUGUAGGACGUUUCCUACACUUCUGGGCGGGAGAGCGUUGGCGUGGUACACUACCUUGCCAACUGGGAGUAUUGCUUCCUGGGAUGAUUUGGCUAGCAAGUUUCAAACUCAUUUCGUGACAAGUCGCCCAAUGCCCAAAUCUGUCCACUCUCUUGAGAAAAUCCGCCAGCAAUCUGGGGAGUCUCUCAGAUCUUUUUUAGACCGUUUCGGCAAGGAGGCUUUGUUGGUUCAGGGUCUUGAUCCUAAAGUGAAGGUACAUAUAUUCUUGUCAGGUUUGAGACAAGGAGCUUUCGCCUAUGAACUCGCCCGCCAUGGAAUAAUCGACUUGGAGGAGGUCAAGAAAAAAGCCCAAGAGUUCAUGCGGAUCGAAGAAUAUAAAGGGAGCAGAUCUGAUGACGGGCACAACCGAGACAAAAAAGCCAGCAAAACUAAAGACCAAGAUGAAGAGGAUAGAAAAACUCAUAAGUCCUCCAGAUACACGGGUUGCCCUUUAGGGCGUCGCUCCUCAGGACGUCAGUCACACAGCGUGCUGCAAACUGAGUAUAAGGAAGAGCAUAAGACCAACCCCCAACGCCAAGAAUCAGCUAGGUGUAAGAACCCGUACCGUUAA